CGGAUCGCUGGGCUCAGGUUCUCAAAGCGCAUUCGCAAACCUUCGUUUUGACCAAUUUUAGAUCGAUGAUCUAUUUAGCCUUGAGUAUAGAUAUCUGCUUGUUGUGUACCCGCUGCCUUUCCGCCCCGCCUUUCUGGCCGGUCACUGGGCCAGCCAAACUCAGAUACCAUUAUUAUUUAGUAAUCUUUAUUUUGAAAUAAUUUCAAACUUACAGAAAAUUGUAAGAAUUUUCGUAUACCCUUUAAUAAGAUUCACCAGUUGUUAAUAUCUUGCCGCAUUUGCUUUAUUUUUCUUUUCUUUUUUUUUUUUUCCCAUCCUGGACCGUUUGAGAGUUAGUUACAGAUAUUAUGCUUCUUUACUCCUAAAUAUGGAGCCCUGGUGGCGCAGUGGUUAAGAGCUUGGCUGCUAGCCAAAAGGUAGGCAGUUCGAAUCCACCAGCCACUCCUUAGAAGCUCUAUAGAGCAGUUCUACCCUCAAAGCGUUCCUAUGAGUAAAAAUCGACUUGACAGCAGUGGGUUUUUACCCCUAAAUACAGGAGCCCAUGGGUGGCGCACACAGUUAAGCGCUGCACUACUAGCCAAAAGGUUGGAGGUUUGAACCCACACAGAGGCGCCUUGAAAGACAGGCGUGGCGAUCUACUUCCUAAAGGUCGCAGCUCCAAAAACCCUAUGGAACAGUUCUACUCUGCACACAUGGGGUCGCCAUGAGUUGGAAUCAACUCUACAGCAACUAACAUCAACAACUGUUAAAUACACCAGUGUGCAACUUCUAAGAAAAGGACACCCUCCUACAUUCAAAAUCAGGAAAUUAACAUUGAUCAAGACUGACCCAUAUCUAACCCAUAGUCCACGUUCAAAGUUUUUCCAGUUGUCCUAAUAACGUCCUUUAUUGAAAUUACCUUUUUCUUGAUCCAGGAGCCAAUCCAGGAACACGUGUUCAGCUGGCAGGUCUCCUUCAAUCUGGAGCAAUUCCUCAGUUUUCCCUUGGCUCCCAUGUCUUUGACAUUUGUGAACAUUCCUGGCCACUCGUUUUGUAGAACUAGGUUUGGAGUUGUCUGAGUUUCUCCACCAUUAGGCUCGGUUAUUGGUAGGAACACCAAAGGUGACGUUGACCAGGCACCAUUAUUCAGAGGCUGGGAUGUGUCUUAGGUGGGCAAACAGGUCACACUCACAGAUCCUGCUAGGCCAGACCCUUUCUGCGGGCGCCCCCAGGUGGGGUUUCACUCUCAUCUCACCGAGGUCUCUGACUUCCCUGCACACCUGCCUGGGAGCCAUGGUCCACGCCUUCCUCAUCCACACCCUGCGGGCCCCACAUGCCGAGGACACAGGCUUCUGCCGAGUGCUCUAUUCCUGCGUCUUUGCUGCUGAGAAGUCACCUGAUGACCCAAGGCCACAUGGUGCCGAGAGGGACAGGCUGCUUCGCAAGGAGCAGAUUUUGGCCGUGGCCAGGCAGGUGGAGUCCAUGUGCCGGCUGCAGCAGCAGGCAUCCGGCCGUUCCCCCAUGGACCUGCCGCCCCAGUCCUCGGAUGAGCCAACAUCCCUGCACGAGGCCCCACAUGGUGCCUUCCGCCUGGCGGCAGGGGACCCUUUCCAGGAGCCACGGACGGUGGUCUGGCUAGGCGUGCUCUCCUUAGGCUUUGCACUGGUGCUGGAUGCCCACGAGAACCUGCUGCUGGCCGAGGGCACUCUCCGGCUGCUGACACGCUUCCUCUUUGACCACCUCCGCCUGCUGGCCCCCAGUGCCAACCUCCUGCUGCGGGCAGACCGUGUUGAGGCCAUUCUCACCCGCUUCCUGCCCCAUGGUCAGCUGCUCUUCCUCAAUGACCAGCUUGUCCAGGGUCUGGAGAAGGAGCUCAGUGCUGCCUGGCCCCUCUGACCCCCUCGUCAGGAUGAGGCUGCCCAGGAGGGCAGGGAGGGAGGACAGAGGACCGAUGUAGCCAGGUGAAGCGUGACAUCUGCUUCCUGCUUAACUGUACCCAGCUCUGAUGUGCCAGCACACACAGGACAAGUGGAUGUGUGUGGUGGCAAGGGCUCUGCCUGACCCCAGGCUUAGCAGAAUUACAGAGCAUCAUGUGCUUACAGCAGGUGCGUGAUUCCUUCAGACCCUGCACUGGGCCCACUGCACUGCUCCUUGAUCCGCCUCUCCCCGUCCCUGCCAGCCAGCCUUGCACACACCUCUGCCAGUCGCUAGUACUGCAGCAGUGAGGAAGGGCUGCCUGGAACUCAGCCCACCUCACCUUCUCAAACUCAGUCAUUUAACCGGGUUGGGGGAGCUGUGCCUCCAUGUGGACAGACCCUGCCUCUGCACCCACUGUGGACCAUCAUCAAUAAGGAUUUUGUCAGCAAGGCCUGCUCAGAGUCAAGUCCUGCCACAUUUCGGAAAAAUGCCUUCGCAGGGGGAUUCUGUCGUUUCUUAGGUUCUGACCCCAUGUCUCCAGAUGAUCCUGGGCUUCCCUCAUCUGCAGGGAGAGAAGGUGUCUGUUAGGUGGAUGUGAAUGACCUGGCCUCAGUGUCAUCAUCAUUCUCAUUUUGAAUUAAAAACUCCGGCUGUGUGAUUUCACCCUCUGUUUCCAUGAGUUUGAUUAAUGCACAUCUGCCCCGUGAAUGAGCGCCUCUCUGGAUGGGGGUCUGAGCCUUCAUGCUCAACGAUGAGGAUAAACUCCUUGUUGCCCCUAAGAGGCUUCUUGGGAGGCCUCCAUCUGUCAUCCCCCGGAUAAUGUCUGUCUCCUUAUCUACCCACUGUGGAUGUGGUGCUUGCUUCCUUUGCCAAAAUGAGCAUUACAGGUAGUGGGUUGGUAUGAAUUCCUGAGAAGCAGAGCCUGAGGCAAGGAUUGUGUGCAAGUGGUUGAUGUGGGAGGUGAUCCAAGGAAGCACUGAAGGGGGAUUAGGGAAAUGAGCUGAGGAAAGGAAGAGAAGGCAAGGCAGCCAGUUACCACUGUGGGGAGGGAGCUCAGUCCUUCUGGGGACC